AUGGCUUCCCUUUUCAAUCCUGAUGCCUCGCCCGAUCCGUGUUCGGCACGUCUUGUCAAGAAAUCCAUGUCUCCACAAGCUGCUGCAACUCCUUACGACUCGCCUGUACGAUAUUUCUCUCCCCUCAACAGCGUCUCCACAACUUAUCCAACUGCAUCCAACACUCGUACCGCUAUGUCCUUCAAUUCUGUUGCCUUACCUUUUGUCAAUGAUUCUACCUCCGCGCCUAAUCACGCCGCUUCAAAUGCUGUUUUGUCCGCGACCUCCAAUGUUGAUGACGCAUCGAGCCCUUUUGGUUUUACGAGCAACGCUCAUGCCUUCACCUCGACCAAUUCUAUUAUUCCAAAUACUCGCUCGACGCCAAGUUCCAAGGCAUCCGACUGCGGUGCUCGGCGUGCUCUCCCCAUCGGUUUAUUCAAUCAUUCGCCCACACCCCCAACCCCGAUUUACAGUUCUACUUCGCCGGUGCCCUUUCAAAGGGCUUCUGGUCACGAUCCAGUUGAGGAGGUGUCAUCCAUCCCAUUUUCUCCUCCCAAACAAGCAUCCUCUCCAAGGGCAUGGUGGGAUCAGACCAAACUCGCUUCUCUUCUCGCCCUCUCGAGAGAGCAGAAAUUGACAGAGAUUCGACAGCGUUUCCUUCGACGUUUGCGUCCAAUGGUCCCCCUUGCAUCGAAUGGCUCUUUACCCUGGAAUGAUAUACCCGCCCUCUGUGCGACGAAAGCCAUCCAAAUCACCGGUAUUCCGGACUGUUGCCCUUUACCGGGCUUCACUGCUCGAGGUAUCUCUGGGCUGCCAACCAGGUUCUUGACUUUGUACCUGAAACAUCUCCCGGACAAUACCAACCAAGGUAUAGUUUUUCGUAGAAUGAAGGAAACGGACAGCCAUGGCAUGAAAGCAGGGAAAGUCCCAGUAAUUGUCUGCAACCCACCACAUCUUCAUUCUAGGCACUCCCGCGCAAGGCACCUGUUCGUUGCCAGCGAUAGGAUCUGGAUUGAUCGCUGUGGUGAAUCACGCUUGUCUAACGCCAUGAGCGAUUCUGACUUUAUACCCUCUGACGAUGAUCCUCAUGGGCCUAGCGCCCCAUUCAUCGCAAUAAAGCCGAAGUCAACAAGUGGGCGUGGGCGACGGCAGCAGCCUCACAGAGUACCUCUUUGCACCCCAUCAAGUUCUAAACCAUCCCACGGCGUUGCAUCCGUCGACUCUAAUGCUUCCCCGAAGCAUGAUACUCAGAAUCACAAGCGCAAACGCAGAGGUCAGAGGAAGGCACAAGUCAGUCAGUCUGAGGAAGAGAAGACGAUGAAGAAAGGCAAAGGAAAGGCUCGCUCUCGUUUGCAGACUUCGUCUGAGGGGGAAGACGAUUCGAUUGAUGGGGAAGAUGACACCUUUCAUAUGAAACUUCGAAGCCAAAGGGGCUAG